AUGCGCCGCUCCGUAGAUAUAAAUACUGCCUUCUUCAGGCUUACUGCCUUGAAGUUCUCUCUACUCUACCUUAGGACUUAUACGUUCUCUGGUUCGCUCCUCGUCACCGGCGUUAUCGCCGCUCCGACUUGGCUGCUACUCAGCUCCUCUCUUCUAUACUCUCGACCUCCGGGGAUAUACGGCGUAACGGCGGUGUUGUUAAUAACUUCACUACUGUCCCAUUCGUAUUCCGCACUUAGACACUCUGUGACCUCUGGCACGCCUUCUUGGAUUUUGGACUUCUACGGUAAUAAUGCGUACCUUGGUGCAGAGGAUAAACAAGUGUUCAAUAAGUGGAUUAAAAAACCCUUGGGCAAGGCGGUUGUCGGUCUCAAAAUAGACUGCGAAGGCUAUCACAACGAAGGCAUCUACUUACUCCAAGGAGAUUACACAAACAGCAAGAUACCGUUCAAGGAUGCGGUGAGGGAAGGUACUAACGAAAAAGAAAUAGAUGGGUGGUUAGAACAAAUGCGUCCGCUCGUGAAAGAGCAGGUUGUGUUUUGGGCGUUAGGCAAAAAGAGACUGCUCCACGCAGACUUCAAUCCCGGUAACAUCCACAUAGGUGCCAAGACGUCACAAAGCGGUACCAGUCAGGAGGUUCACUUCGAUUAUCCUGUCAAAAAGGCUCGAGUUCUGGACUUUGGAUAUCCUGGAAUUUUCAAAGUGAGCCACAAGGCAACGAAGGAACAAGUCGAGAAGUGGUUCGAGUUACAGUGGGAAUCGCGUACAUCCAAGUCAGUCGAGCCAGGAAUCUGUAGAAUACUAUAG